CAGAUCGCUACUCUCGCACUUCCAUUCAUAAAUCCAUGGCAGAUAGGAUCAACUCGUUGCAUAUCACGUGGCCAUACUUAUCAACCUUCUCAGAUCAAGCGGAAAAGAAGGCACGGCUUUUUAGCAAGGUUAAAAACCAAGACUGGUCGAAAGAUUCUUUGGACUCGAAAAGCAAAAGGACGGAAAUAUCUAUCUCAUUGA